AUGCCCCGAAUACGAGCCCCGUAUUCUGAGCCCACACCCACCGAAUGUGUAUGCGAGGAAGUCUUCUGCAUCCUGUCAUUCCCUGAAGGUUGCUACUGCCAAAACGACGCGAAGAAGGCGUGUUUCGAGAAGUGCGGCGGGGAGGAGCCGACAUACCAGGACUGCAGUAUUCCAAUUGACUCCGUCAAAGCUCGCGCCCCGGAGCCGGAGCCUGUUGCAGAGCCUGUACCUGCGCCUGUACCAGCACCCCAAGAUGAAACCUGUGUCUGCGAAGAAGUCUUUUGCAUCUUGUCCUGGCCUGCGGGCUGCUACUGCCGCAACGACGCGAAGAAAGCGUGUUUCGAGAAGUGCGGUGGUGAAGAGCCAACCUACGACGACUGCACUGUCGACAUCAUAAGCCCCCAGCCCGCACCAACACCAACGCCGGUGCCAUUGCCAGAACCUAUUUGCGUAUGCGAGGACGUGGUUUGCAUCCAAUCUAUACCCGAAAGCUGUCUUUGCCGUAAUGCCGCGGACAAGGCCUGCUUCGAGAAGUGUGGUGGCGAGGAGCCAAUCUACCAGGACUGUGGCGUCGAUCUCACACCUCGUGCCGCAGAGCCCGUACCGGAACCAGUACCGGAGCCACAAGAUCAAGUCUGUAUUUGGUGCCCGGAAGCGGAUUGCACUCUAGCUUUCCCUGAGGGCUGCUACUGUCGCAACGACAACGCGAGAAAAUGCUUCGAGGAAUGCGGUGGCCCAGAGCCGAUUUACGAGGACUGCAGUAUCGAUAUCGCACCUCGUGCUCCAGAGCCCGUGCCGGAACCCGUACCUGAGCCGCAAGAAGAGACAUACGAAUGCGAGCCCGUCUUCUGCCUUGGGCCCGGGUCUUGUAGGUGCGCCUACGACGCAGCGGUAGCGUGUGCCCAGAAAUGUGGUGGUCCCGCGCCGCCUGACUUCUGCCCUCCUCGCCCCGUCGAAGCUCGCGAAGCGAAGCCAGAGCCCGUGCCAGAAGCAAAGCCAGAGCCUGAGGCCGAGGUUUGCACUUGUGAGCCCGUCUUCUGCAUUCAAUCCUGGCCCGAAUCUUGUUGGUGCGCCUACGAUGCCGCGGCAGCAUGUGCCGAGAAAUGUGGUAACCCCGUGCCUGUCGACACAUGCCCACCUCGUCCCAUCGAAGCUCGCAACGCAGAACCAGAGCCGGCCCCGGAACCCGUAGCUGAGCCAAAAGAAGAGACAUGCGAAUGCGAGCCCGUAGUUUGCAUCGCACAAUGGCCCCAGUCUUGCUGGUGCUUCUACAACGCGGAAGUGAGGUGCGCCGCAAAGUGUGGCAAGCCCGCACCACCUCCCUCGACCUGCCCUCCAAUCCCCGUCGAGGCUCGUGUAGCAGAGCCAGAGCCUGCUCCUGCGCCCAUUCCUCCUCCCCCUCCUCCUCCUCCAGUGUGCGAAUGCCCUCUGGUCAACUGCAUCUCGACACAGCCUGAGCUAUGUGAAUGCCUGAAUGCUUCUGCACAGAGAUGCUAUGAGCUUUGUGGUGGAGAGAAGCCCGUACCCCAAGUAAGCCAACUUGCUACUAAAAAGUCUGAAUCAAUCUAA